CGUCACCGUUGUAAUAGGUUACAACAAACACCCUAUUAUUUUUGUCACGUAAACAUAACAGUUACUUAGUAAACGGCUAUCUGAGAAACAGUCUGGAUCUGUCACUUCUACCCAUCACCCUAUUACAAAAACUACGAGUAAUACGGAACGAACGGUGUGUCACUGACACUGGAUUCGUUACGUUACCGCUGUCACUAUAUUUGAGUUUUGUCACGUCAUUCACACGUGAUUCACAGACCAUUCGUGUCGUGUUAUGACACGAAAACUUCAAUGCACUUGCGUUCUGACUCUGAGGGCUACUAUCGUGUUUGUGCAUUUCAAGUUGGUUAUUGACAGUUCUAACCGUAUUAAUAGUUUAAUAGUAGUGUUUUGGACUUUUUCCACUAGUUUUAUACAUUAAUAAAAUUGUGUUUAAUAGUUUCACUCAGUUUUUGUAGUUAAUAUCUUUAAUUUUGUGUGACUGGUGUGUGAAACAAAAUGAACAGAAAACAGAAGACUAGUUAUUUGUGGUCUUACUUCACAACUACGGAUCCCGUAAGUAAAAUUGCUAGGUGCGAUUUAUGUGGUCAAUUGGCAAGUUUUAAAACUACAGUUUCUAACCUUAGAAAGCAUUUAGAAAGAAAACAUACCACUGUUGCUUUGCCACCGCCAGGAGGGAAACACUUACCGGUAUCAAAUGUGGUUGAACCCCUUGCUGUUCCUUCUUUGGCCUCUACUUUAAACAGGACUACAUCGAACACCAACAUUGCCAUGCAGAAUGUAAAUUCUGACAACAUUGCCACUAAUAGUUCAAUGUGUAAUAUUGUACCAAAUAACCAACCAAGCAUUAGGUCCUUCAUACCUCAGCAGAAAAAAAUUAGUGAAACCCAAAAGAAGAAACUAGACAAGCUCCUCUUAAAUGUGUUUGUUCAAGAUUACCAACCCUUUUCAGUAGUAGAGGACGAAGGUUUUAAAAAGUUCGUCAAUGGUCUAAAUCCAAACUAUGUUCUGCCAAACAGAAAAACCAUUUCAUCUUCUAUGAUACCAGCAGAAUAUGAGAUGUGUUUGAAUGCUGUUCGACAAGAAAUGCUAACAGUAUCAAAUGUUACUUUGACAACUGACACUUGGACCUCUUCAAACACAGAGAGUUAUAUGGCUCUAACUUCCCACCACAUUUCUAACGAUUUUGAAUUAAAAUCAAUUUUACUUGAGUGUUCUGUCAUCAGAUCUUCUCAUACAAGUGUAAACUUGGCGGUAGAAAUAGACAAAAUUGUAAAAAAAUUUCACCUUGAAGGCAAAAUCAUGAUCAUUGUCUCUGACAAUGCCAGUAAUAUUGUAGGGGCUAUAACUAAUGAACUAAAACUAAAACACUUCGGAUGUUUCGCCCAUACAAUUAAUUUAAUUUUGCAGGAUGCAUUGAAGGUUUGUCAGAGCUUAACAGAUCGCAUAAAAGCUAUAUGGCUUUUAAUCAAUAAAGAAAUUCCAGUGCUCACCGAAGAUGAAUGGAAGACUUGCUCCGAAUUGGUAAUGGUUCUGGAACCAUUUGAAGAAGUAACCAGAAAUAUCUCUGGGGAAAAUUACCUUACAGCUAGCCAAGUGAUUGGAUUUAUCAAUGGACUAGUUUCUGUCUGCAAUAAAAUGAGAAAAGAAACCCUAAGCGAAGUCUCCAAACGUGUAGUUGAUGAAUUGCUCAAAGGACUAAAAACCAGAUUUUCUAACAUUGAAAACAGCAAGACUAUAGCUUUGGCGACGUUGUUAGAUCCACGUUUCAAGCUUGCAGUAUUUUCAGAUGAAAAAUCAGCUGGAUCCAUAAAAACCUACUGCACUGAGCUCAUGUCAGCCAUAUGGAGCAAGAAGACAAGCACUUCUGUGACGUCUGUCAGUGGAAGUCAGGAAAAAGACGAUGGAAAUCAGCCUCUUACAAAACAGGCAAAGUUUUCUAUCUGGGCAGACCUUGAUAAGAUGAUAGCAUCCAAGAAACCGUCAGGUUCAAAGACAUCUGCUGCAAUUGUUGAAAUGAACCGUUAUUUAGACGAGGAAUGCAUCGGACGCUCAGAAAACCCACUACUGUGGUGGAAACAAAAUGAAGUUUUUUACCCUCUGUUGUCACAAGUUGUAAAAAAAACAUUUUUGUGCAGUGGCAACAUCGGUCCCCUACCUGUCCUGCCAGCUAAUCUUCCGUCCACUAUGGCCAAGGUCAGUGUCACCGCCGCCGCCGUGAACUACCCAGUCGUCAAAAAAGACAGCGACUACUUGCUUUCGCUCAAGGAAUGCGUCACGUAUGGUUGUCUCAAGGGAAACCAUGAGGUCCAACGUCGAUCGUCCUUGGCGAAAGCCGCAUUGCUCUCUCGAAAGGAGAUUGUUCUUUUCGAGGAACCAGAUUAA